CUUCAGGAGGUUGCAGACCAGGCUCUGCUGCAGAGGGGGAUUCAACAAGAGCGUGGAGAAGCAGGGCCGGCGGGGGGCUCGGGGCCGGAGCAGCGAGCAGCUAGGGAGCUGGCCAGGGAGCGCAGCGGAGUGCGCUCCAGCGACAUCCAGGAGGGGAAGGGCGGCUGGCAGCCGCAGCCCGGAGGCCAAGCCCAACUGCAGUGACAGGCAGAGACGCACGGCUGAAGAACGCAUUCUCUUCUCUGGCAAGGCAUCAAAGCAACAAGCAGAGAUCUCCCCCAUCUCUGGAGAAAACCCCGGCUACAGAGGGGAAGAGCUGGGAGCUGCUGAGUGAGGCCCAUCCGAGGGCAGAUGGAUCCCACCUUCUAAGAGGGACCACGGCCAGGCCUGGCCACGCGAAGCCCCCUCCUGGAUGUCUGCCUGCAACAACGGCGCCAAGAUGCCCUCGCCACAGGAGGCGUUGUCGAACGGCUUCUCCCAGCCCAGCGCCUCGGGCACGUGGCACAAGCCGGAGGAGGAGGGGCGGGUGGUGGAGCCCGGCUUGGUGAAGAAAGCCCACCGGGAGAUCCUGGACCACGAGCGGAAGCGACGGGUGGAACUGAAGUGCAUGGAGCUGCAGGAGAUGAUGGAGGAGCAAGGGUAUUCUGAAGAGGAGAUCCGGCAAAAAGUAGGGACCUUUCGGCAGAUGCUGAUGGAGAAGGAAGGCGUGCUCACCCGCGAGGACCAGCAUGGGCGGCAGAUCGUGAUCGAAAACCAUCACAUGGUGGAUGGAGAAGAGUAUGCAGUGGAAUACCCAGAGUAUGGGGAGGGCUGCCCGCUGCCAUGUGAUUGCACCAGAGACUGUUACCAGGAUGAUUGUAGUCACCGAGAAUACAGGCUGAAGAGGAGGUCCAGCAGCUCCACUUCUCCCCCUCCUAAGAAAAAGAAGAAGAAGAAAUCAGGGCACCGCCGGAGCCGCAAAAAGAGGAAGCCUGGAUCGGAGCGCAGUGGGGACAGUUCUUCCCCGAUCCGGAAAGAGAAGAAGAAGAAGACCGGGAAAAAGCACAGAAGAGACAGGUCUGCAUCUGGAUCCCGGAAGAAGAGGAGGCACAGGUCCAGAAGUCCCAAGAGCAAAAGGAAAGAGAAAAACAAGGACCGGAAAAGGUCCCACAGCGGGUCGUCCACCCGGCGGUCCCACAGAGACAGCAGCUGCAGUUCCCGGAGCGCCUCCCUCUCCUCGGAUUACAGCAACUGCAAAUCGCCAAGCAGACUGAGCCUCAAGUACAGAGGAGAUGGUCACAAGGACAGCAGCCACCGAUCAAGCCGGAGUCCCUCGUCCUCCUAUACUGGCCACAGCCGAUCAGCCACCCCUCACCAAAAUGGACACAGGGGCGGCGCCCAGAACGGCCGCCAUAGCCACAGGGUCCUGUCGGAGAAACCACAGGAGAGGCUGGAUCCCACAUCGCCUUUGGCCAGGACGCAUGUCAAGCCCGAUGCCCCCUCACCCCACUCCAAAGAUGGCAGAGGAAGCAAACACGGCCCCAAGACCCCACGCCGGUCCACAUCGCCGGGGAGAGGCUCGGGAGGAGACAAGCGCACCCGCAGGCGCCACGCCAGGUCCGCAUCAACGCAUAAGCACAAAGGCCGUGGCAGGGCGAAGGUCUCUGCCCCCAAGGAGUCUCCACGCUCGGUCAGCCACACAGGCUAUAGCAGUGAUUCAGAGGGGUCCGCUUCAUCGCAUCCGUACCACGCAGCAGCCGGGGCCGAGAAGAACCACGGGUUGUACCUGAAAACAGCCAAGCACAGACAUCAGCGGGGGAGGCCGCACAGCUGCUCUCCAGCUCCGGCCAAGCACUCCCGACACAACCCCGAGCGGAGGAAGAGCCUGUCCCGGAGCAGCUCCUGGAGUUCUAGCAGAUCCCCGUCCAAAUCCCGCUCCCGCUCCCGGGACAAGAGAUCAGCACGCAGCCGGACACGGUCGGGGUCGCAGAAAAAGACCACCACCAGCAGAGAGAAAGACAACGAGCCACGAACACGUCACAGCGACACGGAGCCGAACCGGGCCCGCCGUCGCUCCAGGAGCUACUCCCCCAUCCGGAAGAGGAGACGCGAUUCUCCCAGCUUUAUGGAGCCGAGAAGAAUUACUAGGUUCCUCCUGGAGAAACAUCAAGCGGGUUACCAUGCUUUUACUCUUCGAUGCCCCGAGCAAAAUGCAAGCACUAUGAACUCUUUCACGCUCUAUCCUUUUAGCUGGCUAAUCCAGGACUAACGACUUGAGGGGCUGCGCCUUCAAUACUGAGGGGGGUCUGGCUUCCUUUGAGAUGGGGGUGGGGAGAAACAAGUCUUUAUGGCAGGUCCACCCAGACGGACCAGAAGGGUGUGUGGCUGUCAGGAACCAUGGUAAGGUUUUGCCAUGGCACAAUAGAAGGAAAGUCCCCCUGCUGCUGUGGGGCAUCGUUGUUUACAAAUCUGGGGAGGAGAGCUGAUCUUGUAGUCGUGAGUGUGAAUUGUCCCCUUUGCUGAGCAGGGUCUGCCCUGGUUUGCAUGUGGAUGGGCGACUCCACGUAAGCACAGUCUGCUGUGAAAUAUUCCCCUUAGGGGACAGGGCCAUCGCUCAGUGGAAGAGCAUCUGCUUGGCAUGCAGAAGGUCCCAGGCUCCAUCCCUGGCAGCAUCUCCAGGUAGGGCUGGGAGGGACACCUGCCUGAAACCUUGGAGAGCUGCUGCCAGUCAGUGUGGACAAUACUGAGCAAGAUGGAUGCAUGGUCUGACUCGGUAGGGUUUAUCUUUAUUUUAUUUAUUUAGCACAUUUGCAUACCGCCCAGAACUUAUGUCUCUGUGCGGUUUACAAUAAGAUAUAAAUUAAAACAAAAUUAGAAUGUUAAAACAUUAAAAUAUAAUUUCACACAAUAUUAAAAACUGUUUAAAAGGCAGCUCCCUGUCUUCCUAUGUCAAGCAGACCACCCCGUUGAGGAUGCAAAACAUCCCAGGAUCUGUUGCAUUAUGUCAGGGGCUCUCAAACUUGCCCCCUCCCCACCGAUGGUGAUGGGUCACAGCUUCCAUCACCUUCAGUCCCAAUGGCCUUUGACAAGGGAUGAUGGGAGUUGUGAUCCAAACACACCCAGAGCUUUCCCCAACGGAAAAAGUCCCCAACGCGGUUGAUCUAGAUAUAAAUAAAUUUUAAUAAUGACUCCCUGCCCCCAAAGGGCUCACAAUCUAAAAAGGAAACACAAGGCAGACACCAGGGCUGCUGUGCUGGGGACGGAUAGGGCCAGUUGCUCUCCCCUUGCUACAUACAAGAGAAUCACCACUCUAAAAAGGUGCCUCUUUGCCCAGUGGGCACGAGACUUUGCUGCACAGGGUCCCCUCGUAUGAACUCCCCCCCCCCCCGCUCCAGCUUGCUUAUGUGUGGCGAAGUUGCAAUCAGCCGCCAUGGGGAAAAAGCUCCUGGGGGACCCAAUUCCGGGAACCCAUGCUUUAUGUUUUAAAACAACCCCUUCCCCUGCAUUGCACGCAAAUCAGCUCAUGGCCCCCCUCAGUGCUGAAGCCAGACCCCCCCCCCCGGAGACCCAACCCACCGGAGACCCAACGGCCGCU